AUGUGAGGAGAGCGAGAAAAGAGGCUCAACCCCUUUCUCUUUCAGUCGUUCUGUUGCUUUUUGUUUGGGUUAACAAUAGAGAGAGAGAGAGAGAGAGAGAGAGAGAGAGAGAGAGAGAGAGAGAGAGAGAGAGAGAGAGAGAGCACAGAAGCGCGAGCUACUCUCCAUGUCUUCAGUCUAGCGGAGCGGGCGAUGGAUGUGAGAUUUUACCCUGCACCUCCUUCAAGCGUGGGCUCCUGUACAUUACCCACCGACAGCAGCCUCUCCUCUCUGGACUAUUACCACUGCAACAAGAGCAGAUACGGUGUAGGAGGUGUUAGGCUGUACAGCGCUUUCCCCGUGAGACACAACCCUGAGGAGAAAAGACUGCCCUCUUCAGGGUUUGAUGGUGACAACAUGUACAUGAGUGAGAACAACCAAGAGUUCCUCUCCCCGAGUCAGAAUUACUCCGGACAGGGAGGGGGCAAUGGGAACGGCGGAGGAGGGGGAGACGAGGACUACGAGAUCCCCCCUAUAACCCCGCCGAAUCACCCCGAGCCGCCGCUGCUGCACCUGAUGGACCCCGAGUCCAGCUACCUGUGUCACUCCAUCCCUCACAACGGCCUGAUCAACCCGUACUCGUACUCCGAGCUGCCCGCCCUCAUGAUGUCCAACAUGCUCGCCCAGGACGGACACCUGCUGUCCAGCCAGAUGCCCUCGAUGCAGAUGUUUGCGGGGCAAGCGGGCAGUCAUUACCCCCGUGCCCACCACAGCCCCAUGCUAAACCCAUCUGCCCGGAUACUGCCCCACCCCAUGAGUGCCCUGUCCCAGCUCAGCUCUCAGAUUGGCCAUGGCUCCUUUACGCACGGUUCCCCGUCAUCGUCAGGAAGUCAGUCAGCCACGCCCUCCCCCUCAAGCUCCGCCCAGGAAGAGGAAGCAAAGUACCACUCAAAGAUCACAGGAGAGAAGCGACCCUCCUCUGACAUGAUGAAGCCCAAGCCCAAACCUCAGAAGAAGAAGAAGAAGAAGGACCCCAACGAGCCGCAGAAGCCCGUCUCAGCCUACGCACUCUUCUUCAGGGACACUCAAGCCGCCAUCAAGGGUCAGAACCCCAACGCCACCUUCGGAGACGUCUCCAAGAUCGUGGCCUCCAUGUGGGACAGUCUGGGAGAGGAACAGAAACAAGCAUACAAACGGAAAACAGAAGCAGCGAAGAAGGAGUACCUGAAGGCCCUGGCAGCGUACAGAGCCAGUCUGGUGUCUAAGACCUACAGUGACCCGGUGGAGAACAAAAGCGUCCAGUCUAGUCAGCCGUCGUCACACAUGAUGGGCCCCAACGCCUCCCUGUACAGCGUCCCGCCCCAGCCCUCCUCCCCGUACCUGGGCCCCAGCCCCUUCCCUCUCUCAGACCUCCAGAGCUACGCGGCGGGGGCUCCCAGACACGGCCUGCCACGUUCGGCCAUGCUGCCUGCGCUCAGUGCCUCUCCCCCAGCAUCCUUCCAGAUCAGCCCUCCCCUCCACCAGCAGCUCUCUCUGCACCAGGGCUCCCUCCUCAACCAGCCAAUCCGCAUGCAGCAGGUCCAGUCACAGCCAAUCAUCUCUCACCAGAUGGGCCUCCAGGCUCCGCUGCACUCCCCACCCCCAGGACAGCAGGGAUUCUCUCACUUACAGUCCGAGUAUCAGAAGAGUGUGGGGGGGUCUCAGUCUCCAGGGGCUCCGAACCCAGCGGGCCAGAACCCCGACUGGGACAGCGAGUACUGCAACCGGGAAUGCGGCGGAAACCACUGCAGUGGCAGUAUGAUAGGCAGGGACAAGCCACUCUACCUCACUUGAAGCAAAACAAGGAGAACGGAAAGAGAAAAGAUGAAACAACACCAGGGAGUCCCCGGCACCCUUCCCAGACAUCAUCAGUUUCCCUCAGUGUCAUUUUUCAUUCGUUUUUAGAAGGAUGUGUGUGUGUACGCGUUCUGAAGACUACUAGUGAUCCUUUCAUUUUUGCCAAGCACUUAAAAAUGUACAGGCCUCUCCGUCAGAGACCUCAGAGAGCACUCACCCUGUCUCUGAAUAAACUUAAAAGAAAAACACAAAAAAAAGAUGUAUAUAAAACUGAAAAGGAAAAAAAAUAAAUAAAGCAAACUACCAUUAAACUGGCCCUCAGGGCAAAUGAGCUUUAACUAAAACAGAGGAGAACUCUCCUCGUAGUUUCUCAGUUACUUUCCCUCUGGUCUCAUUUUUAUUUUAUUUUCGUUUUUUUGUUUUGCUGUUGUACUUACUGUUGUAUUUAUUUCCUGCUUGCAACAUAGCGCUUCUUUUGGCUUUACUUUAGAGAAAAUACUCUUCUGAGUGCGAUACGUUGCUGUUCAACUAAUGCUCUGUGAAUUUUAGGCAAAAAAAAAACAAAUAAAAUAGACAGGAAAAAAGUAAUACGCAAAUGGAAAAAUUGAUACAAACAACUUCUUUUUGUAAUUUUAAAGACCCGUGUAGGUCUUUGUUGAUCUGUCACAGUGUGAUUGUAAAUAUCACUUUUUUGGGGGGCGGUCAAAUUGGGAAGAUGAAGUCCAGAUAUUUUUUCUUCUUCUUUAAUAUUACUUAUAAUUCAUUGAUUUGUAUUUUAAAUGGUAUUUUGUGAAUGCGUGGGGGUGUGAAUGAGCGUGUGUGAGUGUAUUUGUGUGUUGUGUAACUGAACAGCCUGUGCAGGUGAUAUCAGAAGAGUUUCCACACGUACACAAUCUUGCAUUAAAAUCUGUGCUCACUGGUGUGAUUUCCCCCAAAAAAGAUCUAUGGCAAAAACCAUGACAGACUGCAUGACCUGGCUCUCCAUUUAGGCUCCCCGAUUCAUCAGAGCCUCAUUUUUGGUUCUAAAGCACGACUGUAUGGAAGUCUGUUUCCAUCACUGAAUACAAACUAAAAAAAAGUUAUCUGUCUUUUUAUUUCACAAUUCUUUUUUCCAUGCAAUUGCAAGUUUCAUUUCGCAGUUCAGACUUUUUCUCCGAAUUGCGUGCUAGAAACUUGAAAUUCUGACUUUUAUCUCAGAAUUGCGAGAUACAAUUCUGAGACAGUCACAAUUGCAAGAAAAAAAGUCAAAAUCGCAAGAUACAAACUUUGAGUUUAUAUCAAACAAAUCAGAACUGUGAGAUAAAAAGAUGAAAUUGUCUGUUUUUUAUUCAGUGGCAGAAAUAGACUUAAAUAACUCUGAGAUCGCAAACGUACGGUUUUACGAAGCAUGUUCACAGCCAAACUCGUGAGGUGAUUUGAUCAGCUUUGUCGAUUUACUCUCAGGUUCUACAUGCGACGUAUAGAAGCGUAAAUGUCAGGCCAGCAACAUACUUCAUGCAAGUACGCAGAUGUGAACACUUAGCUGACAUGUUGCAAGUGCAGUUUCCAAAUGUUUGUGCCAUUAAUUCUUAUUAUUCAGCAAGAUUCUCUUCAGUUUAUGUUAACAUCGCCACUUGUGACAACACAGAUUUCACAUUUUUGUGUUUGCAUAGAGUUUGUUUCAAGCCUGAAGAAGUAGUUCUGUUGAAACUCGGGUCAUUUCUUUUGCCUGGUCUUGACUGACAUUAAAUCCACCAAUAUUACAUGUAAAGGUGAACUAUAAUGUUCUCAGUGUGAGAUAAUACAGCACACAGUAAACCAACAGUGGGUCUAUAGUUUUCUAGUAGCUUUUGCUAGAUGUUCUAUUGUGUUGAUCUCAUCUUUAAGUUUUGUGGGAAAAAUUAAAUACAUUUGAUUAUUUAGUCUAAGUUUUUUUUUUUUUGUUUUUUUUUUUUACUGUAGCAUACUAUUUUUAGUUAAACAAAAAGAAUAUCUUCUAAGACAUUUAAUUUGUGUACAAACCUGCCAAUUGUAGUUAUUUUAUUUGUAAAGUCAGCUAUGAUAAUUAUUUGAAAACUGUUAUCAACAAGUUGCCCAUCAGUUAAUAUUUAAUAAUGUUUAACAGGUUUCUAUUUAUGAACAAUAUGAGAUCAAUUUUGCUUAUAACUACAAUAUUUUAAUUCUAUUUUCUUUUUUCUUAUGAUGAUGAUGAUGACAAUUGCUUUUAUUUUUACUUUUUGAAUGCUGUUUUUUUUUUCUUUCCUUGCCAGCCAGGUCAUUUUGUGUCACUAUGCCUUUUGUUUCAUUUUGUCCGUAAUAAAAAUGUUAAAUGAGA